GGCCCAGCCCGCAAGUUAAGGAAAGGCGCGGCGGCUAUAUGCAUUUACUACUACUUGUGGUGACAGUAAAUCCUGCGCUGCGUAAUUUGUCGCGUCAUGAAUAAGCCAUUCAUGCACAUUCUUUUCAUAUUGAAAUUCCAUUAGUUUCUCAUCUGGAAGUUCCUUUCUGCUGUGAACCAAACGGUAUUUCGUGGUGGCUGGGGGGCCUGGUCCUGUCGAUUGCCAGGUGAGCCUACUUAGGCCAACGUUAGGACGGUAAUGUCGCAGAGAAACGGUCAUACCGCAAGCAGUCGCGGUGGCGCUGACGGACUGACUAACUCAGCCAUCGCAAUGGACAACUACGGAUCGACAGAUGAAACGACCACUUUUGCCAAUUCUGAGUACCUGGAUGGUGAUGAAGACGAAGGAGUGCCCGUUGAGUUCAGUGUUCGCAAAGCCAACGAUGAUCCUGGCACAUACUUCAAUGAUGGCAAGAGAAAAAUUGAUUUCGUGAUAGUUCUCGAGGAGGAGAAGCUGUCGGAGAAGCAGAAACAGAAGAAGGCGAGAGAAGAGCAGGAGCGUAUAGAGAAGAACCUGCCCCCUGAGGAAGAUGAGUCAGUCCAGCAGGAGGCAUGGCGCAAGAAGUUCCUGGACAACCUGAGAAGGUAUGGCCUGGAGAUUGAGCUGGACGUGGCUGAAAGCGACAAGAAGACGAUAACAUACUACAAGCUUCACGCACCGUGGAGCGUGCUGGAAUUCUUUGCCGAAGAGCUGAAUUUCAGGGCUCCGUUACAGAUCUACUCAGGAACAGCGAGUGAUUUACCUGGAGCUGAUGCCCACACCAAUCCCAGCUCCAACUGGUCGGCACGAAUGCUGAAGAAGGUGCACAUUCCCAACAUCAUGCAGAACAACGUACCCAACAAGCCGCUGGACUUCUUCACUUGUACCUUCAAGAGGUCCAAGUUGCACAAGUUCUUGGGCAGUGAGAACAAGGAAACAUUCUUCUCUAACACGGAGCGCACCCGUGUGGUGAAUGAGAUCCUCCAGAGCUGCACCUACGGCAAGCGGCGUCGGGCCGAGAUUGGCAUCGACCGGCUGCUGGAGGAGGAUGUCUUUCAGGCUGCCUACCCACUCCACGACGGCACGGAGGAGUUGCCGAAAGGCAACUUGGUGAGCGACGAAGACUUGAACAAGCGGCAGAUUCUGUAUAAAUACUGGGCUCGCUGGGGCUGCUGGUAUAAGUACCAGCCAUUGGACCACAUCAGGGAGUACUUUGGAGAGAAGAUUGGGAUAUACUUCGCCUGGCUUGGUUUCUACACGGGCUGGCUCUUACCUUCUUCUGUGGUCGGCGUGCUGGUCUUCCUGUAUGGAAUGAUCACUGUGAACUUCAAUGUUCCUGCGCGUGAGCUGUGUGACAGUGGCGGUGAAUUCAAGAUGUGCCCGUUGUGCGACGAAGAAAUUGGCUGCACCUUCUGGAACUUGUCGGAUACGUGCAUGCAAGCAGAGGUUGCCUAUCUCUUUGAUCAUCCAGGGACCCUUUUCUUCGCCAUCUUCAUGUCGUUCUGGGCCGUGUCUUUCCUGGAGUACUGGAAGCGUAAGCAGGCUAGUCUCGCCCACCAUUGGGAUGUCAUGGACUUUGAAGAGGAAGAGGAGAGGCCACGGCCAGAGUUUGCCGCCAAGGCCCCCAUGAUGGAGAAGAACCCGAUCACGGGCAUCAUGGAGCCCUACUUCCCUGAGGAUUUGCGGAAGAAGAGAUGGUUGACUGGGGUUGGCAUCCUGUGUGGAAUGGUGGUCCUGGUGCUGAUCUUCAUGGUUGGUGUGAUCAUGUACCGCGUCCUGAUCGACAUACCGCUGUCCCAGAAUGCACUGCUGAGGAACGAGUCGCAGAGCAUCGCCAGCAUGUCCAGCGCCGUUGUCAACCUGAUUCUGAUCAUGGUCCUGGGUCAGGUCUAUCAGACUUUGGCCGGAAUCCUGAAUGACUGGGAGAUGCACCGUACCCAGACGGAGCACGAGGACAACCUGACCUUCAAGGUCUUCAUCUUCCAAUUCAUGAACUUUUUCUCGUCCAUCUUCUACAUUGCCUUCUUCAAGGGGAAGUUUGUGGGCUACCCAGGCAAUUACACUAAGAUCUUUGGUCUUCGCAACGAGGCCUGCAGCAAUGGCGGGUGCCUGGUGGAGCUGGCGCAGCAGCUCCUGGUCAUCAUGGUCGGCAAACAGAUCAUCAACAACUGCCAGGAGGUUGCCAUUCCCAAACUAAAGCAGUGUUGGCUCCGUUACAAGUUGCGUGGUUCACUUGGCGACCGUGAGAGCAAACGAUGGGAGGCAGACUACCAGCUGGUACCCAAUGAGGGACUGUUUGAGGAGUAUCUGGAAAUGGUGAUCCAGUUUGGCUUCAUCACGGUGUUUGUGGCAGCCUUCCCGUUGGCUCCCCUCUUCGCCCUGCUGAACAACUGGAUCGAGAUCCGCCUGGAUGGGUCCAAGUACGUCUGCGAGGUCCGCCGCUCGGUGGCGGACAGGGCCCAGGACAUUGGCAUCUGGUAUAACAUCCUGGAGUUCAUCGCUAACCUAGCCGUCAUCAGCAAUGCAUUCUUGAUCGCCUUCACCUCCGAGCUCCUGCCGCGGUUGAUGUAUCAGUACCAAUAUCGCUUCGACAUGAAAGGAUACGUCAACUUCACGUUGGCGUACGCUCCCAAUGGUUCCACUUCGGAGCCCUGCAGAUAUAAAGACUUCCGCGAUCCCGAGGGAAACCACACAAUAUUCUACUAUCAACUGCUGGCUGUCAAACUGGCCUUUGUCAUCAUCUUCGAGCAUUUUGUCUUUGGCAUUGGUCGCUUCAUUGACUUUGCCGUGCCUGACGUCCCAGAGACUUUGGAGAUUAAGAUCAAGCGAGAGGCAUACCUCGCCAAGCAGGCACUGCAAGAGAUACAGGCUGAUGAGAAUCCUUCCAAACUCACUCCAAACCUAACGGUGCAGGCUGACUAACACUCAAGCACACUCACAGCUCUUAAAAGGGCAUUUGUACUCACGAUACGACUAUGAUUUGCUUUCAAGUAAUGGCAAGCGACAAGUUCUUUGGAGGCCAACUGGACAAUGCACUACAGGGCUGGAUUCAAGUACACAUAUUCUACUGCUUCAGAAUACCUACGUCUGUUUUCAUUUACUCAACAUCUGGACAUACAUUGUAUGCAAGGAAUCGUGGUACCAAUAACAUCUCGAGAUAUGGUUUGCUGAAACUUGGAGAGUAGGUAGUUUCGGCAGAUCGCAAGUUCUGUUGCAACUGCCAUUUUGUAUUAUUUCUGUCCUGAUUUUUGGUGUAAGUUGCCUAACUAGUGUGUACACUAGUACACUAAAAUGUAAAAUUUUAGGCUUUUCUUUUGGGGGAUUGGGAUACUUGCAGUAGCUCAAAAUAGGUCGCAAUUCACGAUACAGUGCACCGUGGCGACUUUUCUAUGGCCUUGCGUAGGGGCUCCAUGUAUGACCAACAGUUCUGUAGUUGAGUCCAUCACAAGUCCCUUCAAGUCCACCACAAGUCAUCAGAUGUAAAGCCAGGCAGCAGGUGAUCCUGUGCUAUCGUUAACAAUUUCUGCUGCUUAUAACUAGACCUGCAAAAGAACUUGGACUUGCGGUAGACCCGACUACUUGUUUCAGGCAGUGGUGGUGGUGUGUGUAUGAUUAACUUUGCCAAUUAUCUUUCAGUGGUCACAAAAUGUACUCCAUGAAUAAAAGACUAGGUCAAGUAGACCUGUUUUGACUUUUUUUCCCUUAGAAAGACAAGAUUUUCCACAGGGGAAGAUCAAUAUAUCCAUUAUCACACAUUUCAUGUUAUGCGUAUGAUUUUGUAAGUCUAUUUUCCUAAUCUUCCUAGAAAAAAAUGUGACUAGACCACUGUGUAAGAAAUGAAGCCAGUCUUCCAUAUUACAUCUGCAUAAUGCAAUGGAUUUGUUAAGAUUUAUUCUGGUGGUGGGAGUGGUUUAGACUGUUCUCCCUCCACAUAUUUCAAUGGAGUGGUCAGGAAUCGGUGCAUUGCUUUACUGGUCUGUACAUCAGAGGACGGCCAACAAAGCAAUCUAGAACCGUUGAAAUUCUUUACAUGGGGAUCAGCAGUGUAAGACACUACCCUCGCUCACCUCCGUUACAUAGAGAACACAGCAGCACCUUCCAUAUUCAGCCAAGGUGGGACAAGUGUACAAAGAUAUGGUGUGAAUGUCUGCACUGAUGGCAUGUAAACAUACCGCGUACUUUACAACUGAGCAGUGUUUCAUACUAUAUAAAUUUCAUUCUUUGAACAGUUUGGAUGUUACUUGAGCACCUAUCUUCUCUUUCUUAGUAUAUAAGUAUUUGCUGUUACUAAAUACUUUGUGUACUAGUUUAUGCAUGGGGCAAAACUUACUGGCAAUAGUAUACAGGUUUACUAAUGUACAGUGUAAUAUAUUUUGUAUUUAUUUAUAGUAUUUCUAGAUGAAACCUAAAUUCUAUAGUAGUAGAAAUGGUGUAUGUUAUGUUGGACACAAGGUUGUUUAUAUAUAUCGAAGAAAAACCAAGUUUAUGUUUUAUUUUGAUUUUUUAUUUAUUCAUUUAAUUUCUUUUUUAAUUUUGUUUCUUUAAUUUUACUUAAGGUAAAGGAAAUAAAGGGAAUGUCUGUGUAAGGUGACCUUUACAUGUACCUGCAAAACUGUCCCAAGAAGAUAUAAAAAUGAAUCAAGUUGAGUUCCUAACAAAAUAUAGUAGUCACUCAGCCAUCCAGGACUGUUGUUUUUCCAAUACAUAUACAACACUUGUACUAUUUGUGAUAUUUACAGUUUCCUAAUUCCAGGGGUUUUGAUUUUCAUUUUGUUGUUGUUGGUAUUUUGUUGUGGGUGUGUCACAGUGUUGUAGUCGAGACCACUUAAGA